AUGACAGCGGAUCCCUUAACACGGCUCUUGGCAGAUCAACAUCAGAAGUUUAUAUUGAGUCUGGAUGAGCACAAGGACAAGUUAAGCUACUGGACUAUGCAGCACCUGAAGAUGAAUGGUGCCUUCUGGGGCCUCAGCGCUAUGGAACUAAUGGGUCAAUUGGAUAAAAUGAAUCGUGAAGAUAUUAUUGCAUUUGUGCUUGGGUGUCAAAAUAGCGACGGGGGUUUUGGUGGGAAUGUGGGUCAAGACUCCCACAUGCUUUACACCCUGAGUGCUGUUCAGCUGCUUUGCCUCGUUGACGCCCUGGACAUCAUUGAUAAUGAGAAGUGCGCUCGCUGGGUGGCAUCUAUGCAGCUUCCCGAUGGAUCCUUUCAAGGCGAUGAAUGGGGGGAGGUGGACACCCGGUUUACCUACAUUGCACUGAACUGUUUGCAGCUGCUUGGAAGGCUCUCUCUCAUAGAUAUUGAGGCGGCUGUCCGUUGGGUGCUGCUGUGCCAAAACUGGGAUGGAGGGUUUGGGGUUGCACCAGGGGCGGAGAGUCACGCAGGUCAGAUAUUCUGCUGCGUUGGGGCUCUUAGUAUCGCUAACGCGCUGCAUCACAUUGACAAGGAACAGUUGUCAGCUUGGCUCGCUAUGCGACAGUUGCCAUCAGGAGGGUUGAAUGGCCGCCCUGAAAAAAAGGCGGAUGUGUGCUACAGCUGGUGGGUCGUGUCAUCUCUUGCUAUGCUUGGGCAUGCGGAUUGGAUUGACCGCAAGGCGUUGUUUAACUUUAUUUUGGCCUGCCAGGAUGCUGAGGACGGUGGAAUUGCAGAUAAACCUGGGAAUAUGGCAGACGUCUACCACACCUUUUACGGUUUGUGCGGGUUGAGCCUCCUUGGCUACGAGGACCACCCGCUGAAUGAGAUCAACCCCAUCUACUGCAUGCCGUACUCGGUGCUUGAGAGGUUGGGCGUGCCAGAGGAGAGGGGGCUGCAUGUCGGCAAGCGGCGCUGA